GAGGCUCGCCCUGUCGGCUACUUAACCGCCCGGAGCUAGUCCUGCUCUCCAGCCCGGCAGCCCCAGCUUUCGGGAACCUCUUGGGCCGGCUUCCCCACCGGGUGGCGGUGGCACCUAGGGGGUCGUGCCUCCCUCUCUGAGGUCACGGCCACCGGCAUAGCCUCACUUGCCCUGGGGCCGGGGACGCUCGCUGGGCGGCCCAGCUUCCGCGGCCUGCCCCGCCCCGGGAGCCAUGGUGCCGGCCCCGGGAGCUCCAGAGCCCGUCCCGGAACCGCUGGGCCCCAGGGGGCCCGCGGGACUGGAGGCGCCGGGCGGCCUGCAGGUCUCGUCCUCCUCGUCCUUCUCGCGGUGCCUGACCGCGAGCUCGGGGGCCGGGUGGAGCGGGAUGGCGGCCUCGGCGUGGCUGGAGGCCGGCCUGGCCCGUGUGCUCUUCUACCCGACGCUGCUCUACACCGUGUUCCGAGGGCGAGUGCGGGGCCCGGCGCAUCGCGACUGGUACCACCGCAUUGACCACACUGUGCUGCUGGGCGCGCUGCCGCUACGGAGCAUGACGCGCCGGCUGGUACUGGACGAGAACGUGCGCGGGGUGAUCACCAUGAACGAGGAGUAUGAGACGAGAUUCCUGUGCAACAACUCAAAGGAAUGGAAGAAGGUAGGAGUUGAGCAGCUACGGCUCAGCACAGUUGACAUGACUGGAGUCCCUACCUUGGCCAACCUCCAAAGAGGAGUUGAAUUUGCUCUCAAGUACCAAUCACUGGGCCAGUGUGUCUACGUGCAUUGUAAGGCUGGGCGCUCCAGAAGUGCCACUAUGGUGGCAGCAUAUCUGAUUCAGGUACACAAAUGGAGCCCAGAGGAAGCAGUACAAGCCAUCACCAAAAUCCGGUCGCACAUCUACAUCAGGCCCAGCCAGUUGGAAAUUCUCAAAGAGUUCCACAAGGAAAUUUCUUCAGGAGCAGUAAAAAAAACUGCUGACUAAUACUGACAUAUUGAAAUAUGAAAUAUAUAAAAAAGAACCCAACAAUUUCAAGAUAGAGUAAAAAUGUUUAAAGGACCAAAGGGGCUUAAGCCAAGACUUGACAAAACACAAAUGUGCUUAGUAGAAAUUUUGCUUCCUUUGCCUUCAUUCUCCUGAAAUAACACUGUUGUGUGACUACA